CCAAAAUCCAAUCACGUGCUCCCCAAUAAGCUCCGGCCCACCACGGCCGCGGUUCCAGUCUUUGACUCUCUCUCUCUCUCUAUUAUUCACUGCUCUCAGGCCACCAAAAAGCAUUUGCAAAACACACUGUUCACAUCUCAAACACUUGGUGGGUUUUUGAGGUGGUGGGGCUACCCGCAGGAAUUCCACUACCCUCUUCUCCGAAAGAAUAAUAAUCCGACCAAAUCCAAAAAAAUUAAAAAAAAAAGUUUUUAACUUUACCAUUACAGCUUGCAAGAAAGCUGAAAAAAAACAAAAGAAAAAAAGGAAAAAAGAAAUAGCUUCAAACCCCCCAUUUACCAAGACCCUCUAAUCCCCAUCUGCCAAUUGUUCGAGCUCCACCGACCAUGGUCGUCCGUUCUGCUUUUUCGGUUUCGUGUUUAAUUUUGUUGUUUUUGCGUGGGUUACUCGUGCCUGGAGUUCUGUUGUGAUCAAAUGAUUGUCUAGUGAUUCGUGGGAUUUUGUUGCCGGAAGGGAAUUUUUGGGGNUAUAGAGACACUGUUGGCUGCUGUGGCUCAGACGCAAGGGUUUGACGACGACGAGCCUGCUGUUAAAGCUGGUGCCGAGGGUGGGUUGGAGAAUUCCGAGGCUCCGGCUGUGGGUCGAGAUGGUUCCAGGGACGCACGUCCGUCCGCGGCGGUGGAUGUGGCUCCUCCGGUUCCGAUUCCGAAGCCGACGCCGCCUCCGGCGGCUGUUCCGGUGAUCGCCGCCGCCGUGGAGGGGAAGAAGAGAGGACGGCCGAAGGGGUAUCUGGCAGCAAAGCCCCCUGCCCCCAAGCGGGCUAAGCCGGAGGACGAGGAGGAGGAUGUUUGCUUUAUCUGCUUCGAUGGGGGUUCUCUGGUACUUUGCGAUCGCAAGGGCUGUCCAAAGGCAUAUCAUCCAGCAUGCAUUAAGCGAGACGAAGCAUUUUUCCAGUCAAAAGCUAAGUGGAAUUGCGAUUACGUGUGUGUCCGAGGAAACAAAGGAUUUUGCACGAUCUGCAUGAAAACAAUCAUGCUGAUUGAAGACAAAGACCGAGCAAAAGCUGAGUCGGUAGAUUUUGAUGACAUAACAAGCUGGGAGUAUCUCUUUAAGGUAUAUUGGGUAAUCUUAAAGGAGAAGUUGUCAUUGACACUUGGUGAUUUGACUCGAGCUAAAAACCCCUGGAAAAGUGUGCUGACUGUAGUUCACAAGCCGGCGACUAGUAACGAGGUUACUAGUGCAGUUAGUGUGGAUGUUCCCAUUUCACAAACCCGUUCAGAAAUUUCGGAGUUGAAACAGCUAGAAACAACUCCUCCACCAAGCACUGAGAUGAAUGUGGAGAAAACAAAUAAUGAUAUUGGCAAUCAUGUGCCAGCUCAUGACACCCCAAAACCAAUCAUGGAUGAAGUCAAAGGUGAGACGAGCAUCGAGAAAGCUUCUGAUGAAGUCAAAAGUGAGACGAGCAUUGAGAAAGCUUCUGAUGUUCCAUGCACUAAGGAAGCCGUGAUCAAGAAAGGUGAAGAGAAUAAUAAUAAUACCCAAGUUAAUGAGAAGAGUUGCCUGUGCAAGAACACCACUGACAACAAAGAACCCGACAAGCAAGAAGAAAUUCACAACACUAACACCGAGUGGGCAACUAAGGACUUGCUGGAGUUGGUUGCCCAUAUGAAAAACGGCGAGACAUCGAUUUUAUCUCAGUUUGACGUGCAGACACUUCUGCUAGACUACAUAAAGAAGAACAACCUGCGGGAUCCACGUCGGAAGAGCCAGAUCGUGUGUGAUCAGAGGCUCAGAAACUUGUUCGGCAAGCCACGCGUAGGCCACAUCGAGAUGCUGAAACUUCUCGAGUUUCACUUUCUCGUCAAGGAGGACUCGAAGAAGGAUUGUUUUAUUCCGGCAGGGAUUGUUAGUAGUUCGCUUGCUAGUGAGAUUGAGGUUUGUGGUGGGGAUACGCACGGAGUGCAAGUGUCGGCAAACAGUAGAAAACGGAAAACGUGUAAAAAGAGUGACCAGAGAGCAGCACCACAACAGAAUAACUUGGAUGAAUAUGCGGCAAUUGACGCCCACAACAUUAAUUUGAUCUAUUUGAGGUGUAAACUGAUGGAGAAACUUCUUGAUGGCCGUGAGGACUUUAGUGAUAAGGUUGUUGGUUCUAUUGUGAGGAUUAAAAUAUCGAGUAAUGAUCAGAAGCCAGAAAUACACCGGCUCGUCCGAGUAGUAGGGACUACUAAGGUUGACGAGCCGUAUAAAGUUGGCGGCAGGACGGUAGAUUUCAUGCUUGAAGUUUUAAACUUGGACAAGAAAGAAGUUGUAUCAAUUGAUGCCGUUUCGGAUCUAGACUUUAUAGAGGAUGAAUGCAAACGGCUACGUCAAAGUAUAAGAUGUGGGCUUGUGAAGCACUAUACUGUUGGUGAGAUACAAAAUAAAGCUUUGGCACUCCAACCUGUAAGGGUCGAUGAUUUGCUGGAGGCGGAGAUAUUGCGAGCGCAUGUCAACAAAUUGCAACUGCUAAAAUCACCCGAAGAGCGCAAUCGAAGAAUUUCCGAAAUCCCAGAGGUGCAUGCGGACCCAACAAUGAAUCCAGAUUAUGAAUCAGAGGAAGAUGCCAGAAGUGACAACAUUAGUAAAGCAGACGAACAUGGAAGACCAAGCUACUCGGAUCUUCCUCAAAAUGGAAGGAAGCCUAUUUCUCCAAGGAAAAAAGAUAAAGAAGAAAGGACAAACCAGACAUGGAAUAGAGGGAGAAAGAAAAUCAAGGCAGGCGGAUUGAGUAGUUCGGACAAAGACUCAAAUCAUGUAAAUAUUACUAACUCAGCUACCGGUAGUAAAACUGAUCAAGCCAUCGAAAGUUCUGGAUUAGAGAACUCAACAGUAACUGCCUCAGUGGGAAAUUCACCACCACCGUCCAGUGUAAUCGAGACCGAGAAAUUAUGGCACUAUCGAGAUCCUAACAGUAAGAUUCAGGGACCAUUUUCCAUGAUUCAGCUGAGAAAAUGGAGCACAACUGGACUAUUUCCACCCGACAUGAGAAUAUGGACGAAUCACGAACAGUACGACUCGUUGCUUCUCACAGAUGCCCUGAAUGGGAAAUUCCACUUGGCCUCAGAUUUAUCAAAUUCUGGCAUGCGGCAAAAAGAGGAAGUAGCGCCGGGAGAAGUUGAGGUUCCAAGUGAGGGUACAAAUGUCAGCAGUGGAGGAGAUAGUGAACAAACAGAGCCGCCAACCUUGGCUACUAAUGAUACGGGCAUCAUUACAUCCGAAAACAAUACUGAGCCCGUAAAGGAAGAUGCAUCUGGCUCGUGGCCACAGUGUUGGGAUUUGCUCAAGGAUAACAAUGAUAGUUCUCAAGUCAGUCAUAACGAUGCCGAGGCACAUGAUUUGCUUCCUUCAUCUAGUCUUGAGAAUAAUACACAACCUGUUGUCCUGCAAGAUCAGUGCCAGGAGAUUGAAAAUGGAGAAAAAAUCUCGACUGGGCCCACGGAAAGCCCAAUCGCCACCACCGUUCAGGACCUUCAAAACCAAUCCAAGAAUGAUGACUGUGUGGGGCCCACACCUUCAGAAUUCUUAAAAUCUCUGACCAUUGACCUGGGCUUGGAGGAUGAUAUUGAAAACGAGCCUAAUCCGGAUAAUAAACACAAUGUUAGCAGCAUACCUCUCUCAGAUCUACUACUCAGCCCUGCUCAGCCGAAGCCAGCAGCCGAAAUCCAGCCGGACGUCCCCAUCCACAACUUCGAGAUUCUUGAACUUCUCAGCCCAACACCGAGGCCCAACAGCGAGGACAAUGCGCUUCAUCCGACAUCAGCCGAGACCAAAUUCGUGAAUUUCCCGGAUCUAAACCCUGCCCAAGUCUGGACCAGCCCAUCCGGGCCGGGCCUUGGCGAGGUCCAGCUACCGGGAGUCGAAAAUGACUGGUUCGGGUAUUCACCCGCUCCCCCGAAACCCGCAGAUGCUGGCCCAUCCGCUGCCCCCCCAAACAACUGGCUAACGAUAAGCGAAACUAUCGAGUUCGACUCUCUCGGCGAGGAAUACGUGUCCGAUUUACUAGCCGAGGUGGACGCCAUGGAGUCGCAGCAGCAGCAGCAGGGCACGGCGGCCCGCGUCCCGUCCCCAACCGCGGCCAUCAAGUUCGCGCGUGAGCUGAUGGAGGAUUGCAGGGACGAUGACGACUGCUUCAGCUCGAUUGAAGAGUUCAGCCGCCGGAGUGACGCCCUGAGCUCGACAACUGGCGGCGGGUUUCCGGCGCCGGCCAAGGCUGCGGUGAGCACGUUCGAUUUUCUGACGAGGUCGAGCGUGCACUCGUCGGCGAGCAGCGAGGGGGAGACGAUGAACAACUUCGGCGGCGUAGGCCCCACUUGCUCGGGAGAUGCCGGGUCGGAGUUUCACCCAGCUGGUGGUCAGCCUGGGCCAGCAGUGGGUGACGUGGCGACAGAUCCCGGUUGGGGGGCAGUGCAGGGGAAUAUUAACCUGGUGACGCGGCCAGCGGUGGGGCCCAGUUACUCAUUCUGCCGUUUUGUGGGGUUCGUGAGAAGACGGUGGGCUUAUAGUACUGAUGGGAAGGUGAUGUGUGUGCAUGAAGAAGAAUGGCGAACAGGUCGAGUUCGAAGGGCGAUGGGCUUUUGGAAGCAAUCAAAGAAUCUCGUGGCUAAUGAAAAGGCCAAUUCGAGGCCUAGGCUCAUGGAUUGUUUAGAGGUAGAGGAGAAGACCGAAAGGGUGGAUUUCAACCCGGACCCGUAA